GUUGUUGCUGCUUUUGUAAGUGCAAUAUUUCUUACCAUUGCCUCGUCCAUGCCACGCCUGGCUCCGCAAGAAGUUGCAUGGCUGGAAAAAAUGUUGCCGCAGGAUGCCAUGUUACCAAGCAGCCAUUUGCAGCUGGCGAUGCCAAAGAUGCAUAGGCCACAACGUGUGGCAACAUUCUUCCAGACCCAUGGUGCACAGGGCGAAGAAAUCCAUGCUGAGGGAAUAACCUCCGAGUUGCGACCUUUUGUGGCGCAGGACACAAGAUCGAUAUAUGCACGCAAAUUCUUUUCUUCUUUUCAAGAAAAACAAGUCGUUUGCGCCAUCAACAUGCGGGAACGCUACCCCGGAAUGCAAACGAAACGUUGCUGUGAAGAAGCAUCGGAAGCCAGCUGUUUGGCUUGCUGUCAAGAACAUUUCGCGUCACGUGGUGAAAAGUGUGUGGAGGUUUGUGGCACCAUGUGCGCUUUUGGCUGGGACAAGGGCAACCGCAAGGUUCCCCAAUGUCCAGAAAAACUUGGUUCCGAAGAUGGUGGUGCAGAAGAGUGGUAUGCAGAGGAUCCCAUGAAGGACCGUCCUCGUCCUGCUGUGCCUGACAAGAAGCUGAAUGACGAGAAGAAGGUCGAGAGAGCCCUCUCUCUCGGGUUCUGACCAUUGCGGAGGAAAAAAAUCGGCGGCAUGAGGAAGAACUUGAGAGGAUUCUUUUCAGUCCCGGCUCUGUUUGGGACACUUGAACUUGUGCACUGCGCUUUGGCAUGACGUUGCAGCAUUGCUCCCUUCAGGUGCC